AUGCGACUGAAUGAAAAUUGUGACGAUGUAGCUAUUGUUGGAGGUGGUAUAGCAGGAUCGUAUGCUGCAUGGAGACUGCGGCAUACCAACCAAAGAAUAACUAUCUAUGAGUACUCUAACAGAAUUGGUGGACGAUUAAAUACCUAUCAUUUCCCAUCAGCUCCUGAUAUAAACGUGGAACUCGGUGCAAUGCGAUUUUACCCAGAAGUCCACACACUGCUCAACAAAACUAUUUGUGACGUUGGCUUAAAACCAGAAAUAUUUGAAUUAGGCGGCCUGGCGAAGUCUCCAAAUACGUUGCUGUACCUUAGAGGAAAUCAUUUACGUUUUGAAGAAGUAGGAGGACCUAAAACACCGUACGGCUUAAGUCCAUCUCAAUUAAAACCCCCAGAUCAGCUAAAAAGUGUCAAAGCAUUUUACCUGAAAUAUGGUGGCCAGGAAGUUUAUAACUAUUUAAAUGACCUUAAUGGAUUUAACUCGAUGCAAGGCUCAGACACAAGUGCAACUGUAGCUCUACCGACAUCUCCUCCGACAAAUCCCAUCGUCAAUACUAUUACUGGAGGAAUGAAUAAACUACCAGAAAGACUCGUCGAUAUGUUUCUUCAAGCUAUUGAUGCCUUCAAAACUUCAAGUAAAACUACAACUACAACAAUAUAG